GUAACGGCAACGCUGGAUCGUUAUCUUUCCAAUAAGUAGUCAAUGUCGUUUUAGGGUAUGUAUUUCAUGUUUUAGCGGAAAUUUACUGUUGCGGCUUGCAGAUCAUUUAUUUCUUUGGUUUUUUUGUGUUGAUAUCGAAACAUGUCCCUUACAACAAUGAACAAACCAAAAAUAUUCUUCGAGGAAGAGACUCAAACAGAAAGGUUAAGCAGGAAAGUCAAAGAAACUCCAUUUUUCCCUAUUG